AUGCGUCUCGUGUCUCUGCUGUACGUGCUGCCCCUCGUGGCCGCCACUGUGGCGAAUGCCCCGAGGGAUCCGCGCCGGCACCAUGCAAUGGUCGCCCGAGCAGCCUAUGUAGAGAGAGCAGGUCUCCUCGACGACCUCGUGAGUAUGGCCGACGACGCCCUGUCCCGGAUAGGCGGGGGCUUACCCCAGUUCAACCCCAAGGAGACGUCGUCGACGACUGCAAGCUCUGCCCCGCCUAUUGGCACCACCAAGCCUACGACGUCCCCGACCAUCGGUGUCACCCCGCCCACGCCUGUGACCCCGACGCCUUCUGAGACUUCGUCGAGCUCCUCAAGUGGUGUCGACUCGUCCAACCCGGUCUCGCCGUCAGCCAAGCCGUCGUCAUCCUCAUCGGGCUCGUCGGCGGGUUCUUCGUCUUCUAGCUCACCUUCAGCGGCACCUUCGUCUUCGGCCGCCCCUUCGUCGUCAGCUGCGCCUUCGUCCUCGUCCAGCUCUGCCACCCCGUCAGAUUCGUCGUCAGCCGGCCCCUCGCCUUCCGCCUCUUCCAGCGAGACGUCUUCCCAGGAGCAGCCCACGAGCACCAAGGACGAGGAGAAGCCCGAGACGAGCGCUUUCGUUUCGACCAACGCCAACGGAGGACUGAUCACCAUUUACCGUACGAUUGAGCAGACGGCCAGUGCGACUGCCAGUUCUGCCGGCAAGAAGGACGACGACGGUCUCUCCAAGGGCGCCAUCAUCGGUAUUGCCGUCGGCUCUGCUGCCGGCGGUAUUGCCCUGAUUGCUGGACUCAUCUUCCUGCUGACCCGCCGGCGUAACGAGCCUGGUGGCGAGGCAAUCCUCUGGCCCGAGCUCAACCACCACGGCGACGCGGACACGCACCACGCCCUCCCGGUCAGCGGCAGCGGCUCGCGCAUGUCUCUCGGCGACGAACUCGACGGCCCGCCAGUGUACUACAACGAGAAGUCUGACGACGGCUAUGCGUACUCGCACGACGCGCACGACGUCUCGCCCGCGCUGAACGGCACCGCGUUCGGGGGCUCGGCCUCCUUUGCAGACUACGACCAGCAGUAUCCGCAGCAGCCGCACCAGGACUCGUACUACGACCCCGCCGACCACGACUACAGCAACAUGCCGCCGCCCGUGCAGCCGCGCACGUCGCCCGUGCAGCCGGCGUAUGAGUGGGACCCCACGGCGCAGCAGGACACGUACGACGGGUACGCGGGCGUGCACCGCCAGGAAUCCCCGCCCAUGACGGGCGUCGGCGCGAAUGCCAUGCCGGUCAGCUUCAACCCCGCAUCACACCAUGGGCAGUACUAG